AGAGUAACACAACUGCUUUAUCCAUCGUUUCUCAUUCUGUCAGGAGCAGUUGUCCAACCGUUAACAUCAUUAGAUAAACAAAUCCCAUUAAAAAACACAAAACUAAAAAGAAUACAUCACUUUUCCCUCAAAAGAAAUACUACAAUACAUCACCAUAUCUGCAUAUCAGUCACUCACUUCCGUGUCGAACGAAGUAAAGAACACUAAAGUUGGAUUUCUGGGUUAUGUGGGUUUUUUUACUCGGUAAUUAUGGGUUACUGCGAAUAAAUAAAGCAGGGUUUUUGAAAUGAGAUGUACUAGUAUUAGUUCUGUGAGAUCUGUAUUCAUUAUCUGUCAUUAACAGCACCAAAAUGGAACCUCCAACGGGAGUUUGGGCUUCUCUAUGUCAGUUUAUAUAUUUUCUGCCAUUUUUUAUUGGUCUUCUUCUUCUUGGUACAAUCAAAGGUAUAUUGUUUUGCCCUUUGGUAUGCUUAAUGAUGACUGUGGGGAACGGUGCAAUCAUCUUGGGUCUGUGGCCAGCACACUUCUGUUGGACAUGUUAUUGUGUUGUAAGAGCUAAGCAAGUAGGACCUGUUCUGAAGCUUGUGCUGUGCCCAUUGAUCUUUGCUGUUUUGAUUCUCUGGCCAGUGGUUGGCAUUGUUGCAACCAUUAUAGGAGGUGCAGCAUAUGGCUUUCUUUCACCAGUAUUUGCCACUUUUGAUGCUGUGGGGGAAGGAAAGGAAAACGAAUUUUAUCACACUAUCUAUGACGGAACUUGGAGUACUAUUCAGGGUUGCUUUACAGUCACCAGAGAUUUUAGUGAUGUUUGUUUUCAUUCGUAUUUCUCAAUUAUGGACGAUCUGCGAGAUCGUGGUCCUCCAGAUGCAGAUUAUUAUGAGAUUAGAUUACUUCAUCUUCCUGGAGCUGUUUUAGCUGGUUUUCUUGGUCUUUUCAUUGAUGUACCAGUCAUCUCAAUUCUUGCUGUAUUCAAAAGCCCUUACAUGCUCUUUAAGGGGUGGAAACGUCUGUUGCAUGACAUGAUUGGACGUGAAGGUCCUUUCCUUGAGACUAUAUGUGUCCCUUUUGCUGGUCUGGCAAUUCUUCUCUGGCCAUUAGCUGUUAUCGGGGCAGUACUGGGUUCCAUAGUUUCCAGUGUUUUCCUUGGUGCUUAUGCAGGGGUGGUUGCUUACCAGGAGUCUUCUUUCUCUAUGGGGCUUCAUUAUGUUGUUGCUGCCCUGGCUAUUUAUGAUGAAUACAGCAAUGAUGUCCUUGACAUGCCAGAGGGAACUUGUUUUCCAAGGCCUUCUUACCGGAACAAGGAUGCAUCAUUACAGCCUCAAUCCCGUGUACCUUCUUUGUCAAGGCCCAAUUCUAUUCAGAAGAUGCCCUCACAAAAUGGUUCUGUGAAGCGUCCUAUGGUUGACUUAAAGCCAAUUGAGCUACUAGAUGAUUUGUUUAAGGAGUGUCGUCGCCGUGGUGAAGUACUGGUAUCUGAAGGGAUAAUAACUUUGAAGGACAUUGAAGAUGCAAAGUCCGGCAAAGAUAACCAGGGUGUCAUUAGUAUUGGUUUACCUGCUUACUGCAUCUUACAGAUGCUUAUAAGCUCGGCAAAAGCUAAUUCUCUUGGUUUGUUGUUAGGAGAUAACUCGACUGAAAUAACUAGCACAAAUAGACCCAAAGAUACAUUCUUUGACUGGUUUUUCAACCCGCUUUUGAUCAUGAAGGAACAGAUCAAAGCAGAAAAUCUCUCACCAGAGUUGGCCGAUUACCUCGGUAAAUUGGUUUUACUGAGCGGCAUUCCCGAGAGACUUCCCAGUUCGUGCAUUGAAAACAUUCCUGAAUAUGAAGUCAAAAGAGCAGAACUUGAAGCAUUGGCUCGAAGGCUUCGAGGGAUCACAAAAUCAAUCUCAAGAUAUCCAACUUUUAGACGCCGUUUUGAAACCCUCACCAAAUCCAUGUUGGAAAAUAUGGUGAAGAAGAGUGGCAGAGACCAUUCAAGCAAUGGAUCUGGAUCAGCUUCAAGGACAAGUAGAAUUAGUCGGCUCCUGAGUCAAAGAUCAUUUAAACACAAAAAUGGUGAGAGCGUAUCUGACAAUGAGCUCCAUAAUCCUAUUGAAAAGGACGUGGAGAUACAGUGAUGAAACUGUCUUGAGUUCUUUUUGUACAGAACCGUGAUAUAUGCAAUUGCAUUAGAGGUUUUUAGUUUUUUUUAUGUCUGUGCCUUAACGAACUUAGCUCCGGGAAAAGUUGAAGUUGUAAUCUUCUCUCUUAGCUGAAAAAAUAAGUCACAUUUGUUGCAUA